AGCGCCGCGGCCCCCGGACCGCGCGUGGCCCGCAGAGCGACCCCGGCCCGGCGCCGGCCCCGCCCCGCGCCCAGGGGUCCCGGGGCGGGCUCCGGGCUUCGGGCGGACGAUGCGGCGGCGCGGCCGGAGCGGCGGCGGGAAGCGGAGGCGGAGGUGACGCGCCGGGGCCGGCGGGCCGGGCCAUGCAGCGCUCCCGGGCGGCCGCGGACGAGGCGGCUCUGCUCCUGGCCGGGCUGGCCCUGCGGGAGCUGGAGCCGGGCGGCGACUCUCCGGGCCGGGGUCGGCGGGCGCCGCGGCCCGGGCCGGGAGACGAGGCGGCGCAGGCGUUGGGCCGCAGAGGGCAGGGCAGCGGCGGCGGCGGCCCCGAGGCCGGGGUGGACGGACUGAGCCGCGGGGAGCGAGGCCCGCGGCGCGCGGCGGCCCCCGAGCUCAGCGCGCAGCCGGCGGGCAGCCCGCGGGCUAGCCUGGCGGGCUCCGACGGAGGCGGCGGCGGCGGCGGCGGCGGCAGCGGCAGCGCCCGCUCCAGCGGAAUCAGCCUGGGCUACGACCAGCGCCACGGCAGCCCGCGCUCGGGCCGCUCGGACCCGCGCCCGGGCCCCGGGCCGCCGUCGGUGGGCAGCGCGCGCUCCAGCGUGUCCAGCCUCGGCUCCCGCGGCUCGGCCGGCGCCUACCCCGACCUGCUCCUGCCCGGCGCCUGCUCCGCGCCGGCUCGCUCCCCGGAGCCCGCCGGGCCUGCCCCUUUCGCUCUGCCUUCGCUCCAGCUGCCCCCGGGCCGGGAGGGCGCCCCGAGCUCGGCGGAGCGGCGGCUGGAGGCGCUGACCCGAGAGCUGGAGCGGGCGCUGGAGGCGCGCACUGCGCGGGACUACUUCGGGAUUUGCAUCAAGUGUGGGCUUGGCAUCUAUGGAGCGAGGCAGGCGUGCCAGGCCAUGGGGAGCCUGUAUCACACCGAUUGCUUCACCUGCAACUCCUGUGGGAGACGACUUCGCGGGAAGGCGUUCUACAAUGUGGGUGAGAAAGUGUACUGCCAGGAGGACUUCCUGUACUCCGGGUUCCAGCAAACGGCUGACAAGUGUAGCGUGUGUGGACACCUCAUCAUGGAGAUGAUCCUGCAGGCCCUUGGGAAGUCCUACCACCCGGGCUGCUUCCGGUGCUCGGUGUGCAACGAGUGCCUGGACGGGGUGCCCUUCACUGUGGACGUGGAGAACAACAUCUACUGUGUCCGAGAUUAUCACACGGUUUUUGCACCAAAAUGUGCCUCCUGUGCCCGUCCUAUCCUCCCUGCACAGGGCUGUGAGACAACCAUCCGUGUGGUGUCUAUGGACAGAGACUACCACGUGGAAUGCUAUCACUGUGAGGACUGCGGGCUGCAGCUGAGCGGGGAGGAUGGACGCCGCUGCUACCCCCUGGAGGGCCACCUGCUGUGCCGCCGCUGCCACCUGCGGCGCCUCCGGCCAGGCCCACUUCCCCCACCUGCUGUGCACGUCACCGAGCUCUGAGCUGGGGGCGGGUAGCCCGACCCUGGGGGCGCCUCACCUGCUGUGCACGUCACCGAGCUCUGAGCUGGGGGCGGGUAGCCCGACCCUGGGGGCGUGUGUUUGUGUCUGCGUGCACGCGCGCGCGCGUUUUUUUCGCUCAGGAGCGCGUUUUCCUGCGCACGCACGUGUUUUUGCGCGAGUAUAUUUUUGCGCGCGCGCCGGCGAUGGGUGACCCAGGUCAGUGUCGGGGCUCUGUGUCAGGGUGGGCGCGGCCGCCGGCUCCCACCCCACCCCUACUCCCACCGGCCACC